UCUUCCUGUUUUUAAUGUAAACGUCACAGGUGCAGCUUCUGGCUGUCCCAGGUGGAUGCUGCCUGGACCGUUAUAAGUCUCCGCUGUGAAGACCGUGUCGGCGCCACUGAACCAGACCGUACCGGGUUAAACAUGUCGGCCAGCGCGGUGUACGUGCUGGACCUGAAGGGGAAGGUGCUGAUCUGCAGGAACUACCGCGGAGAUGUGGACAUGUCAGAGAUUGAACAUUUCAUGCCCAUCCUGAUGGAUAAAGAGGAGGAGGGAAACCUGUCUCCCAUCCUGGCCCACGGAGGAGUUCGCUUCAUGUGGAUCAAACACAACAACCUGUACCUUGUUGCAACAUCGAAAAAGAACGCCUGUGUGUCCCUGGUUUUUUCUUUUCUCUAUAAAAUCAUCCAGGUUUUCUCAGAAUACUUCAAAGAACUGGAGGAGGAGAGCAUCAGGGACAACUUCGUCAUCAUCUACGAGCUGCUGGAUGAACUGAUGGACUUCGGUUACCCUCAGACCACAGACAGCAAGAUUCUACAAGAAUACAUCACUCAGGAGGGCCAUAAGCUGGACACGGGGGCCCCACGCCCUCCUGCCACCGUCACUAAUGCUGUGUCCUGGAGGUCAGAGGGCAUCAAAUACAGGAAGAAUGAAGUGUUCUUAGAUGUGAUUGAGUCUGUCAACCUGCUGGUCAGUGCCAACGGUAACGUGCUACGCAGUGAGAUUGUGGGUUCCAUCAAAAUGAGAGUGUUCUUGUCGGGGAUGCCAGAGCUGAGGCUGGGCCUUAAUGACAAAGUUCUGUUUGAGAACACUGGACGAGGGAAGAGUAAAUCAGUGGAACUUGAAGAUGUCAAGUUCCAUCAGUGUGUCCGUCUCUCGCGCUUUGAAAAUGACCGCACCAUCUCCUUCAUACCUCCAGACGGGGAGUUUGAGCUCAUGUCCUACAGGCUCAACACACAUGUUAAACCUCUGAUCUGGAUCGAGUCAGUCAUAGAGAAACACUCACACAGCAGAAUCGAGUACAUGAUCAAGGCCAAGAGUCAGUUCAAGAGGAGGUCUACAGCUAACAAUGUUGAGAUCCACAUCCCAGUGCCCACUGACGCAGAUUCACCUAAAUUUAAGACCACUGUGGGGAGUGUCAAGUGGAUCCCUGAGAACAGCGAGAUAGUCUGGUCCAUCAAGUCCUUCCCUGGUGGUAAAGAAUACCUAAUGAGAGCCCACUUUGGUCUGCCAAGUGUGGAAGCAGAGGACAAAGAAGGAAAGCCUCCCAUCAGUGUGAAGUUUGAGAUCCCCUACUUCACCACCUCUGGCAUCCAGGUCCGCUAUCUGAAGAUCAUAGAGAAGAGCGGCUACCAGGCCCUGCCCUGGGUCAGAUACAUCACACAGAAUGGAGACUACCAGCUGAGGACGCAAUAAUGACAAUGGACAUCUUGGACUUGGCUGAAUAAAAACACAGACAAACCCAAAGUAUUUAUGGACAAAUAGACGCAAGAGCCUGACAAAUCGUCCACAUCAACAAAACAACCUCCUCACUAACAGAGUGCAUUAAGUUAGAAGGACAUGUACCCCCAAGCCAACCCCCCUCCACCCACUCCCCACUCUCCAGGGUGAGUACUGAGUCCCAAAAGCGUCACCAAGUUAAAUGUUAACAAUCUUAUUUUGACCCUCUACCUACAUGAACCAUCUCUGGACCUGGGGGAAUAAUCACAACCUUAUAGGCUCAAUUCUGGGAAAAGAGGCCCAUAAGUCUGUUCCACCUCCCGGCUGUCUGUCUGCACAGUAUCCAAGUUACCAACUGCAGCUCAGCACUCACACAUACCUGAAAAAACAAACCUGACUUUAACUGUUGUACUCGUUGAACAUUCAUUUAGAUUACAUGAUGAUUUUAUUUAAUAUGCUGCGUUUUAGGUUAGAAGCGUUACUGAAAAUAAUAGAAGCAUUUCAUUGUAUUUUUAGCUUUUAAAUAUGAUUAAAAUGAUUGUGAUAUGUGUGAUCAGAUAUCAGACAGUUGUGCAUGGAUGAAGAGAUAAAUUCUACAAUUGGUGACACAUGGAAAAGAAACUUAAUGAUGCAUUUACCUCAGCUUCUGCAUUGUAUGGGCGAUUACAGUUCACAUUCAUGUUUUGCAUAUUCUCAGCCUUUAACACAGUUUUACUCUUCAUUGCUCUACUACUAAUCUACUAAUCUAAUUGGCCGACAACCCUCUGUAACAAAGAGUUGCAAAGGCAAACAUCUACUGUGAAAUUUUUCCAUGUCUGGCAUCCAAUGACACUGUGUGUUUGGCUCUAGUAAAGAGAUUAGUGUUAUGUGGAUGGAGACCGUGCCAUUCUACUGUAACUGACUAACUGACUUUUCAACAAGCACAAAACUGGAUCUUGUGAACAACAUUGUCACUCCAGAUCCUU